CCUCUACGCCAACAACCUACCUACCAACCUCCCACACCUUCAGAACCAGAAAACCCACAUNCGCGCUUUUUACAAAUCCUUUGGCCGCCCGAUCGCAAAAGUCUUUUUCAUGGCUCUGUUUACAUAUCAAGUGCUACACUACACCUGGCUGAAACUGGAAGCUAUGGAGGAAAAGGAGGAAAAGACUGCAGAGUUGCAAGGGUUGGAGGGCCAAUUGAGGGAUAUGACAAAGUCGACCAAAAAGGC